AUGAUCAAUAAACCUUGUGAGAUGACUCAAGCGCAACAGAUUUGGUCUUCUAAGUUGGAAAACCCAACUAUCAGUGAUUUACCACGAGAUUACUUGAGACCUCAACGGUAUCCGUUUGUUAAACAGGAUAGAAUAAUUAUUGAGUUACCUCUGCUUGAAUUGCUCACAGACAAAGAUGCUUAUGUCUCUGUAUUGUCGAUUUGGGCAACUUUGAUUUACAGAUGGACCGGGGAUGAUGAUAUAGUACUUUACAUUAAGGAUGAUAGGAUUCUUCGCUUCAGGAUUUUGCCAAUGGUGACUUUUGACGGGCUUUACGACCAACUUUUGAAGGAGCUGGACGGUACAUUAAAAAUGCCAGCUGUUUCUGUUGAUGCUCUAACUACAUACAUGAAGGAAUCCAAGGGACUAGAUAUUAAUCCUCAAUUAUUUCGUAUUGGGUGCGUUUCACAACAGAAAGAUCUAUCUUUACUCCGUUUUAAGUACCAAACUUUUGAUUGCAUCUUAAACUUGAAAGACUCUUCGAAAGUAGAGUUAGUUUUCAACGCUCUACUUUAUUCUUCUGAUAGGAUGGCAAUGUUAGCUGAUCAGUUCACUGCAUUUAUUUCGCAGGUGGUUGGGGAUAAUAGUAAUGCGCUGACAAUUUCUACUGUUCCAUUGAUCACUGAUUCUGCUUUGAAGGUUCUUCCAGAUCCCACAACGAAUCUCGGUUGGUGUGAUUUCCGUGGCUGUAUUCAUGAUAUUUUCCAAGCUAAUGCAAAGAAGUUUCCUGACCGCACAUGUGUCGUUGAAACACCAUCAUUCGGUCAAACUUCAGGUCGAAUUUUUAGUUAUCGUGAUAUUGAUAACAUAUCCAAUAUUGUAGCACAUUAUUUAAUGCACACAGGCAUUAAACGUGGCGAUGUUGUGAUGAUUUACUCCUCAAGAGGCGUUGAUUUGGUUGUCAGUGUUCUUGGUGUUUUAAAAGCUGGUGCUACGUUUUCAGUCAUAGACCCUGCCUAUCCACCAGCAAGACAGACCGUUUACUUAGGCGUUGCGAAGCCCGCUGGAUUAAUUGUUAUUCAGUCUGCAGGUCAGUUGGAUGAUUUUGUUGAAGAAUAUAUUAGCAAGGAGUUAAAUUUGGCCUCCCGUAUUCCCUCUAUUGCUGCUAAACCAGGAGGCACGGUCCGUGGUGGCACAUUACCGGGUUCUAUGGAGGAUUGCCUGGCUUCCUUUGAGUGCUUAAAGGAUACCUGCACAUCCGUUGUUGUAGGUCCAGAUGAUAACCCUACUUUGUCGUUUACUUCAGGCUCUGAAGGAAUUCCAAAGGGUGUAUUAGGUAGACAUUUCUCUCUUGCUUAUUAUUUUGAUUGGAUGAGUGAGAAGUUCAAUCUAUCUGAGAAUGACAAAUUCACUAUGUUAAGUGGUAUCGCACAUGAUCCAAUUCAAAGGGAUAUGUUUACCCCGUUAUUUUUAGGCGCUCAAUUAUUAAUUCCCACGGCAGAUGAUAUCGGAACACCUGGUGAAUUAGCGAAGUGGAUGGCUACAUAUGAAGCCACUGUGACUCACUUAACACCUGCGAUGGGUCAGUUAUUAACUGCACAAGCUACGACUACAUUUCCUUCUCUACAUCACGCUUUCUUUGUUGGAGAUAUAUUGACUAAGAGAGAUUGUCUCAGAAUCCAGACGCUGGGUGAAAAUGUUACAAUUGUCAACAUGUAUGGGACAACUGAAACUCAACGUGCUGUUUCAUUCUUUGAAGUUAAAUCUAGAGCCUCAGAUCCGGAAUUUUUAAGGCGGAUGAAAGAUGUGAUACCCGCCGGUCGUGGAAUGUUCAAUGUUCAAUUGUUAGUCGUUAAUAGAUUCGAUUCCACAAAGUUGUGUGCCCCUGGGGAGGUUGGUGAGAUUUAUGUUCGUGCUGGUGGGUUAUCUGAAGGAUAUCGUGGCUUACCUGAAUUAACUGCUCAAAAAUUCUUGACCAACUGGUUUGUUAGUGAAGAUCAUUGGAAUAAUAUAAACCAAAAAGGCGAAGAACCAUGGAAAAAAUUAUGGAUGGGUCCACGGGAUAGACUCUAUCGCACAGGUGACUUAGGUCGUUAUUUGCCCGAUGGAAAUUGUGAAUGUUGCGGUCGUGCAGAUGACCAGGUUAAAAUUCGUGGCUUCAGAAUUGAGUUAGGAGAGAUCGACACCAACAUCUCUCAGCAUCCACUGGUUCGGGAAAAUGUUACAGUAGUACGUAAAAAUAGUGAAAAUGAACCAACGUUAAUCACCUUCAUAGUUCCUAGGUUUGAUAAACCUGAGCUAAAAUCUUUUGUCGCCGAAGUUCCUAACACAGUUCCAAAAGAUGACGUUGUAAGUCGUCUGAUUAAAUAUCACAGGCUUACGAAGGAUAUAAAAGACUCUUUGAAAAAAAGGUUAGCGAAUUAUGCUAUACCAACUAUUAUAAUCACUAUGAAUAACUUACCGCUGAACCCGAAUGGUAAGGUGGAUAAGCCCAAACUGCAAUAUCCUACACCCAAGCAGUUGAAUUUAGUUCUUCAGCAUUCUUCUAGUUUAGAAUCGAAUGAGGAUUCUUUUUCUGCUUUAGAGAAAGACGUUCUGGGUGUGUGGUUAGAUGUUUUACCCAGCCAGCCAACUGGUAUAUCUCCAGAUGAUUCUUUUUUUGAUUUAGGAGGUCAUUCUAUCUUGGUAACUAGACUAAUAUUUGAAUUAAGAAAGAAAUUCGGAGUUAGCAUGCCAUUAUCAUCGAUAUUCAAGUUUCCGACAUUAAAAUCGUUUGCAACAGAGCUACGUAGAAUAAAGGAAUCUAAACCUUCUCAGGGCGAUGAAGCAUUAGACGUAGAAUAUUCCAAAGAUGCUGUUCAACUCUCGGACACAGCACUAAUGGACAGUUAUCCAUCUCAUGAACCGUUAUCUUUACCUUCAGAAACACAUCCAUGUCAGUUAACUGUAUUUUUAACUGGUGCAACAGGAUUCCUAGGUUCUUAUAUUUUAGCCGAUUUAUUGAAUCGUUCCCAUCCGUUAUGCAGUGUCAAAGUAUAUGCUCAUGUUCGUGCAAAAAAUGAAUAUGCUGGUAUGGCUAGGCUCAAGGAAGCAGGUAUUGUUUAUGGGACUUGGGAUGAUAGUUUUGCGGACCAUAUAAGUGUAAUAGUUGGUGAUUUAUCAAAGCCCCAAUUUACCUUGGAUGAUAGUGCUUGGAAAAAGCUGGUAAGUGAAAUUGACAUUAUAAUUCACAAUGGUGCAUUUGUCCAUUGGGUGUACCAAUAUUCCCAGAUCAGAGAUGCAAACGUUAUAUCUACUAUCAACGUGAUAAAUAUGGCUGCGAGUGGUAAACCAAAGUUCUUUACAUUUGUCUCAUCUACUUCUGUCCUAGAUACUGAACAUUAUCAGUCAUUGUCGGAGAAGUUAAUUUCUGAAGGUAACACUGGAAUUGCCGAGUCAGAUGAAUUAGGUGGCUCCUCAUCAGGUUUAACGACUGGUUAUGGCCAAUCUAAGUGGGUUGCUGAAUAUCUAAUAAGACAAGCUGGUAAACGGGGGCUCCGAGGUUGUAUCGUAAGACCUGGAUAUGUAACUGGUUCUUCAAUUAGUGGUUCUUGUAACACAGACGACUUCCUGUUAAGGUUUUUGCGUGGUGUAGUUCAAAUUGGCAAAAUGCCUGAUCUAACAGACACCGUCAAUAUGGUUCCAGUUGAACAUGUUGCACGUAUUGUAACAGCAGUAUCUUUUAAUCCCCCACAGGAGAAUGAGCUGUGUGUAGCUCAUGUCACUGGUCGCCCCCGUAUCUCAUUCAAGGAUUACCUCAAUGCAUUAACGGUUUAUGGCUACGAUGUUGAAAUUGAGCCGUAUGAAUCCUGGAAGCAAAGUUUAGAGGCUUCUAUAAAAGAUGAGGGAGAACAAAAUGCGUUAUAUCCUUUGUUACACCUGGUAUUGGACAAUUUGCCAGCUAAUAUUAAAGCUCCUGAAUUAGAUGAUAGAAAUACGGUUUUGUCCUUGAAGAAAGAUAUACAAUGGUCUGGUGUAGACGUUUCUAGUGGAGCAGCUGUCUCACAAGAUACCGUUGGUAUUUAUAUUUCAUUUCUGAAUCGGGUUGGUUACUUACCUCCACCAACUCAGGGUUCAUCUAAGCUUCCUCCUGUGACUUUGAAUCCUGAACAAGUUCGUAUGGUUUCGUCUGGUAUGGGAGGUCGUGCAAGUGCUGCAAAAGUAAUUUUAUAA